ACAGCAACAUCAACAACAUCAACAACAACAACAUCAGCAACAUCAGCAACAUCAGCAACAACAACAGCAACAUCACCAACAACAACAACAACCACAACCACAACUUACAAUUCCAGUGUCACAAGUGUCAACCUCCCUUCAGCCUCCAACACUAGCACCAGCGAUGGCACCCAUAUCUUCAACACCUCCAACACUCCAAGUCAAACCAGAGAUAAAAACAGAGAACAACACAGCCAAGAAAGUGAAUCACAUAACCCCCAUGACAACCGAGAGCAAUUCAACCAAGAAAGUUAAUGCUGUUACGUCUAUGCCUGCGCAAUUGUCAGGAACCACAACACACAUGACGCAAGCGACAAUGCCCCAGCAAGUACCGGCAGUGCCAACGAUGAAUGGUACGCCAUCCAGUGAGAGUGGAGAGGUUCAUGAUAAAGCCCCACAACCAACAGUGAAUGGGACAACACACCUAGUUGCACCUCUACCAGCUGCCACUGGCCCACCAAAGGCUAUGGUUAAGCCACAAGUACUCACACAUGUCAUAGAAGGAUUUGUUAUUCAUGAAGCUUCUGAGCCAUUCCCUGUGAGUCGAUCAUCCUUGCUAACUGAGAUAUCAAAGCCUCGUCCUCCCAACUACACCAACACUAGUAUCCCAGUUGCUGCCGUCACCUCCUCCUCGGCACAGCCAUCAGUAGGAGGACAAGCUGAGAAAGAGAAUCUACCCGAUGAUGAGGCUGCCAGAAAGAAGACAGGCGAACAGAUAUCACCAUCACCAAAGGGAGACACCGCCAAGUGUGAAUUUUGUGGUAAAACUGACUUACGUUCCAAGUUCAAGAGAUCCAAGAGGUUCUGCAGUACAGCUUGUGCUAAAAGAUAUAAUGUUGGCUGUUCAAAAAGAAUUGGCCUAUUCAAAAACCCAGAUGAGUCACCUAGUAAACGGCUGCGUGAGGACGAAGAUGCGGAAGAGGCUGAAACUGCCCCCCAGUUAAUGGCGGUCGAGCCUCAGGAAGUGGGGACAGUAGAAAUGGAAGUUGAUGAAGGAACAGUUGAGGCUGAUGGAUCGACAAAUUUAAAUUCUCCUAAAACACAGAGAGUAGACAUCCUCAAGUGGACGGUGAAAGAUGUGGUCGAAUUCAUACAGAACCUUCCAGGUUGUAAAGAAUAUGCAGAAGACUUUGCCCUUCAAGAGAUCGAUGGCCAGGCAUUGAUGCUUUUGAAAGCUGACCAUUUAAUGUCAGCCAUGUCAAUGAAGCUUGGACCAGCUUUGAAGAUCUGCGCUAAGAUUGAGCAGAUGAGAGGUGACAGAAAAGAAGCAUAAAGAGUACAAAAAUUAUGGGAUACAUUUAGAAGAGCAAGAUAAAUAUGAUGAAUUAAGUGGAAUGCUGGUAUUACUAUAAUAUUAAUAUUGUUAUAGGUACAGUCUCGUUCAAGAUUCUUCGAACACUGCUGGAGACAGCUGGCAACUCGAGGCCGUUUGUUUACUAUAGUACGUGGUAAAAAUUAUGA